GGAGUGUAUAUGAGAUACCCUGAUGGGUCCCGGGUAUAUAUAGCCUGUCUCCGGCCUCCGCCAGACACACACGCUUCCAUCUCCACUUCACAGCCAACAUGAAGCUCGUCCUCUUCGCCUGCCUGGUGGCCUGCGCCGUGGCUCGCCCCCAAGACAAGAACGCCCAGACCCUCCGUAGCGAGAACAUCAACGAAGGAGACGGCAACUUCAAAUACUCCUUUGAGACAGACACUGGCAUCAGCGUGGCGGCCGUCGGCACCCCGGGCUCUGAACAACAGAGCAACAUUGAUGGGAAUUUCAAGUUCCCCUUGGGUGACGGGUCCUAUCUGGAGGUGACCUACGUCGCAGACGAGAAUGGCUACCGUCCACAGCUCAAGUUCACCCGCUCAUAAGCUGAUCAAGCCAGCGACCCCCACACGUGUAAACAACCCACGCGCCCACACCAACAUGGCUACCACACCUGAUCCCCCCCCCCCUACACACGCCCACGAACGCUCUAACCUAUCUCUCUUCUUCCUCCUUUCUUUAUCUCCACCUACUCCUCCUUCACCUCUUACAAUAUUGUUAUUUUUCUAGACGUCACAAAUCUACACUCCCUCCCUGACAUCUUAGCAGCAUUCAUCUUCACUCUAUCCUUCAAACAUCCUCCCACACCAAACAUUUUCACUUCCUCCCUCUUUCUCUCUCUUCCCCCACAAUCAAAUACCCCCCCCUAUUUCCCUCCUACAAAGUCUUUCAGACCCCCUCCCCACCCCAGCUUCCCCUCCCCAUCUCUCUCUCUCUUCCCCCAAUCUCUCUCUCUCCCCCCAAUCUCUCUCUCUCCCCCCAAUCUCUCUCUCUCUCUCACCUGACCUACCCUGAGCCCCACUCCCUCCCCUUAAUACUGUACAUAAAUUAUACUGGCUGCAGCUUGGGAUUCGCCGUCUCGCAGAUUACUGGAACCUCCAUCCAGUCCUGUUUAUUUUGUUAUCUUGUGUAGUAAAUGCUCCUGAGAAAACACCA